AUGGCAGAGACCAAGGAAAGCCUAUCCUAUCUCAAUGGCGGUCCGCAGUUCCCCUAUAAAAGCUCCGUUUGGUCGGUUCUGCAAAGCGGCACCGAUGUCAACCCGGAUCGCGCCGCCCUCAUUUCCGUUCAACAAUCGCCCAACCACCUCGCACGCCUAGUUGGGCGAGGACCUGUCCAGACACCGGCCAGCCGCGGCCCGGAUGAACUCCUAACGUGGUCCUACGCGCAGUUGGGUCGCGGCGGUGCCCGUCUCGCUACGGUUAUGGCUCGGCAUCACGUCCCACCACAGUCGUUGUUGCUCAACUUUGUCCCUCACAGCGCGGACUGGGCAUUGUUGGUUUGGGCCGCGGCGGUCCAGUGUUUGGGCGUGCUCAACCAAUUGCCGCAGAUGCUUCGGACGACACAUCAACAGGAGGAGCUGCGCAUGUGUUUUGCGUUGAAACCCACCGUAGUGGCUGUCGAGGACGAAGCGGCGGUUCAGCUUGCGGACGAACUUAGGGCAGAAGCAGCAGAUGCCAACCAGCCCACGCCGUUCCUCGGCAUCUGCCUGUCUCGGUUGAGCAAACCCCGGGACGGGUGGGUGAGCCUCCUCGACAUCGCCGAGAUGGAGUUUACCGAGAGCGAAAGCACCGUCGAUGCUGCCACUGUCGAUGCCACUGAUUCGCCCGAUCGUAUUGCCCAAAUCUACUUCACCAGCGGCUCCUCUGGGACCCCCAAGGGCGUCCUCAAAACCGUUCGCAACCUGACUGCCAGCGGUCCGAUUGCUGGCGCCCGCAUAGACGAAAACUUUGUCUCCGUUGCGCUUGGCGCUAACUUUGCCGCCAUGGCGUCCAGCCUCCCUUACAUCGCCUGGGCUAUGGCCGGCACGCUAAGCCACCUCAAAGCGUGUUCGGAAUAUUCGCUGGAAAAGCUGGCGUCGUUACGGCUAGUAGCGCUGGGCGGGGAGAUCAUGUCGGAGGAGUUUUUGGCCAUGGCACAUGCCGUGGUUCCCACCGCAACUGUCAUCCCGGCAUUUGGCAUGUCGGAGGUAUUUGGCGCGGUGGGUUGGCCCAAGGGGGUACCUCUGCGGAUUCCAACUCAUUCUGGCGUACUUUCCGUGGGGACGGUGACGCCUGGAGGACGAGUCAAGAUUGUGGAUGAACAAGGGACGGUGAUUCCGCGCGGUCAAGUUGGGGAAUUGCAUCUGGGGCACCAUGCAGUAUGUGGGAGGUACCUUCUAAUGGGGUCGGUGGACGAGAAGGUGAAUCGGGAUACCUUUUAUGAAGAAGAGGGUCUCCCCUGGAUUCGGACCGGCGAUUUGGCUACUAUUGACGAUGACGGGUGGGUGUAUAUCGUCGGUCGCAAGAAGGACCAGAUCAGACACGUCACAGGUAUCAUCCAGCCGUCAAUGAUUGAGGCUGUCUUAAGUGCCGCGUUUCCCGUCGAGAUCCAAGUCAUCGGACUCCCAUCACCUAUUCAUGGCAUGGUUCCUUACCCCAUCAUCGACCGCUUCCCCGAUGGUGUCACAGAAGGCGAUAUGAAAGAGCAUUUUACACACAAAAUUGGUGCCAACUACAACAUGGGUGCCAUCCUGACACUGAAACAACUUGGGCUAGAUGCCUGGCCGAUAACAGGGAGCGGGAAGGUCUCCAAAAAGGAGUUGGCAACGAUAGCGCUCGACUAUAUGCGGGCGAACCCAGACGCCAGCUUUUCAUCUUAUGCUGUUUGCUGA